AUGAGUUCUGGUAUACCUGAAUCUUUGAAACCAUUCUUGACCACCAAAUUGGUUCAUUCUACUUGGGCAGGAACAUUUUUAUGUAAACCGCAAGCAAUCUUUCAACCUAGAAAUGAAAAAGAAAUUAAAGAAUUGAUUAAUCAAGCUAGAAUUAAUGGUAAAACUAUCAUGACUGUUGGUUCUGGCCAUUCACCAAGUGAUUUAACUAUGACUAAAGAAUGGUUAUGUAAUUUAGAUAAAUUUAACCAAGUUUUAAAAGAAGAACCUUAUUAUGGUCCUACUUCUACUACUGAUGAUACUCCAGAGGUUAAAUUUGUUGAUUUAACAGUUGAAGCCGGUACAAGAGUUUUUGAAUUGAAUGAAUAUUUGAAGAAACAUGAUUUAGCUAUUCAAAAUUUAGGUUCAAUUAGUGAUCAAUCUGUUGCUGGGUUGAUUUCAACUGGUACUCAUGGUUCAACCCAAUAUCAUGGGUUAGUUUCUCAACAAGUUGUUUCAAUUACUUUUCUUAAUUCUGCUGGUGAAUCAAUUACUUGUUCAAGUAUUGAAAAACCUGAAUAUUUUAAAGCUAUCUUAUUAAGUUUAGGUAAAAUUGGUAUUAUCACUCAUGUUACUUUGCGUACUUGUCCAAAAUAUACCAUUAAAUCAAAACAAGAAAUUAUUAAUUUUGAUACUUUAUUAUCCAAUUGGGAUAAUAUUUGGUUAGAACUGGAAUUCAUUAGAAUUUGGUGGUUCCCAUAUACUAAUAAAUGUGUUUUAUGGAGAGCUAAUAAAUCAACUGAUCCAUUAUCUGACCCAAGACCUUCAUGGUAUGGUACUAAAUUAGGAAGAUUUUUCUAUGAAUCUUUAUUAUGGGUUUCUGUUCAUUUAUAUCCAAGUUUCACUCCUUAUGUUGAAAGAUUUGUAUUUGGUCAACAAUAUGGUAAUGUUGAAACUUUAGGUAAAGGAGAUAUUGCUGUUCAAAAUUCAGUUGAAGGAUUGAAUAUGGAUUGUUUAUUUAGUCAAUUUGUUAAUGAAUGGUCGGCUCCUUUAGUUUCUGGUCCUGAAGUUUUAAAAGAAUUGAAACAAAUUAUUACUAAUGCUGCUAAUAAUGGUGAUUUUUAUGUUCAUGCUCCUAUUGAAGUUAGAUGUUCUAAUGUUACUUAUUCAAAUAAACCAUUUAUUGAAAAUGAUGGUAAGCCUUCAUUAUAUCCAUCACAAGAAUGGCUUUCUCAUCGUAGUAAAACAAGUGCUGGCCCAAUUCCUGGUAAUAAUUUACGUCCAUUCUUAGAUAAUUCACCAAAUUUACCUUACACAACUAAAGAAAUUACCAAUGAUCAAUUGACUUUAUUUGUUAAUGCUACAAUGUAUCGUCCAUUUGGUACUAAUGUUGAAACUCAUCAAUGGUUUCAAUUAUUUGAAAAUGUAAUGAGUAAAGCUGGUGGUAAACCUCAUUGGGCUAAAAAUUUUAUUGGUUUAACUCAAGAUGAAAAAUAUAAUGAAAAAGAAGAUUUGAAAACUCAAUUGGAAUUUGGUGGUAAACCAUUUUAUUCAAUGAUUGGUUUCAAACCAGUCAUGAAAGAUUGGUUUGGUGAAGAUCUUGUCAAAUUUAAUAAUGUAAGAAAAGAAACUGAUCCUCAUGGUGUUUUCCUUUCUGGUAAAGUUUGGGCAGAAAGAAAUGGUAUCUUAUUGGACUAA